AUGGCUGUUCAAUACGUCCUCUGGUACUACACGCCUUCACUCAUUGGAGCUAUCGUUAUGGCCGCAUACUUCGGACUUGCGUCUCUUGCCCACUUGGUCCGCCUGGUCCAGACCAGGGCGCGUUUCUGCAUCCCUUUCAUCAUUGGUGGCAUAUUCGAAGCUGUCGGGUACGGUGCUCGCGCUGUGGCUCACUACAACACCGACAAAACCCUGCCUUACGCAAUCCAGUCCCUCCUGAUCCUGCUGGGUCCGAUCUUGUUUGCAGCAUCGGUCUACAUGAUCCUGGGCCGAUUGAUCCGCGCGACCAACGGCGAUUCACACUCGCUGAUUCCCUCGAAAUGGAUGACCAAGGUUUUCGUCGGAGGCGACGUCCUGUGCUUCGUUGUCCAAGGCGUUGGUGCCGGUGUCCUCUCAGGAGCCAAGACUCACAGCAGAGUCAAGCUCGGGGAAUACAUCAUCCUGGCCGGCCUAUGCCUUCAGAUCAUCGUCUUCGGCUUCUUCGUGGUUGUUGCCGCAAACUUCCACUCACGCGCUCGUCAUUCUCCAGAUAUAUUGGCAACAAACAUCCCGUGGCAACGGUACCUCUACAUGCUGUACUUGGUCAGCACUCUGAUCUCGUCGCGGAACAUUUUCCGAGUCAUCGAGUAUGCUUGGGGCUCCGGCGGAUAUCCCCUGAGGCAUGAAUGGACGUUGUACGUCUUCGACGGAGCGUUGAUGGCAGUCGUACUCUUGAUCUGUCUUGCAUGGUAUUCGAUCAACUUUACUGGGCCCCCACGACGCUACGAUCAGGAGGCGAAAAGGUGA